AUGAACCCAGACGAGAAACCAAUUUUAACGGAGUUCGUUUCCUUCGAAGCAAUCACGUCACCAAUAUCUGAAUUUCUGGGAAUAAUGGCAAGCGGAGCAGCUGGAAUCCUUGCACUAAUCGCCCUAUGGAGAGUUCUGGAAAUUAAAAGAGGCGUCACUCAUAGAGGCUAUGUCGACCAAGAUCCAAUCGACUGCGCAACCGAUGAAAUGGAGACCACAAUAAACUACUUCAAAGCCCCUUCAAUAACUGCAUGA